GUCUCCCGCGCAGCCCCGCCGCCUUCCCCCGCUCCUCUCCUUCGCCCGCGCCGCCCCGCGGCCGCGCAUCCCUCGCUGCCGGCCCUCACCGCCGCGGCUCGCCCCCGCCGCCCCACGGUGGCCAUCGACCUCGUCGAGAUCGAUGUCAACUUCCUCCGUCCUCAGCGACGAGUUCAUUGCGCACUGCCUGGGGCUCAUCCCCCUCACCUCCGCCGCCGCCAUGCAAAUGCGCUUCUCCCGGGACUGCAACGUUUGCGACGGCGACGGCUUCUGCGAGUACUGCUCCGUCGAGUUCCUCCUCUCCGCGCGUGCCACCGACUCCGACCAGACGCUCGAGGUCACAUCCAACGACCUGAGGUCCGCCGACCCCAAGGUCUGCCCGUCGACCAGACUCGCACCUAGCAGCAGGCGCUCAAUCAACACUGACUUCGAGCCCAACGCUGGGGAGCAGAGGGGAAUACUUACUGUAAAGCUGAAUCGGGGUCAAGAACUGAGGCUUCAUUCCAUUGCUAGGAAAGGAAUCGGCAAGGACCAUGCCAAAUGGUCACCAGCUGCUACCGUGACUUUCAUGUAUGAGCCUGACAUCGAUACAUUGGCGCUUGAUGAGAAAAGAAGUUGGGUAGAAAGCAGCCCUACAAAAGUAUUUCACCUUGAUCCUAUUACCAAACAGUACUGAGGCUGCCCCCACGGAUCAUGAAAGAUGUCUCUGCAAGAUGAUUACAUGGUAGCUCUCAUUAUACCAAUGGAUGAAGAAAAGUAUGGUAUUAGGAUUCAUCCAUCAAUACAAUUGAAGUAUCCGAAUUGUUCACAGAAUGCCCGUACUAUGCGGGAGAACUUCGUCAUCGAUGUGUUGGCGGCAGAUUUGAAUGCUUAUUGAAAACUUACUUCCUGCGAAUACCUUAGCCGCAUCACAGGCAAGAAUAUAAAUUAGAAUGUACUGUAUAUUUAUUUAAAUAUUUAGUUGAUUUUGGCGAUAAUGGUGAACCAAUGGGUUUGAUUUAUCUCAAUACGUUUUGGAACGACAAUGUUAUGAUGGAUUAUGUGAUUUUU